AUGAGAAAGUCGACGACCGCAACCCCCAGGUAUUCCAGCUCUGGCUCCAACUCCAGGACCUCCGCCUCCCAUUCCAGGAGCUCCGGCUCCGGCUCCAGCUCGCGGAAUGCUCGGGCCCCCACGGCGCAUGGGUCCACGGCUAGGUCGGGUGGUGGCAGCGGCGGCGGCGGCGGCCCCGUCAACCAGCGGUACCCGCUCAACUGCUGGCACUGCAAGAUGAACCUCGACGUCUCCACCUACGUCUGCCCUGGCGUGGACUGCGGCGUCCGGCCCUUUAUGGCGUGCGGAUACCCGGGCUGCAGUCCCAACGCUCCGCGCCAUGUCCCACACUCAUUUUAG